GCAGCCCGGCCAGGACUCUGCCAUGCUGGUGUGCGAGGCGUGUGACAAGGGCUACCACAGCUCCUGCACGGAGCCAGCCACCCAGGGCCUCCCCACCGGCCCCUGGAAGUGCAAGAACUGCUGGGUCUGCUCAGACUGUGGCCAGCACCCCAGCUCCAGCUGCCAGUGGUCCCCGGGCUCGGAGGUGUGUGGGGACUGCCAGCAGCGCCGUGCCACGGCCGAUGUCCCCACGGCGCCAGAACCUUCACCACAGCCUGACCCACCUGCCCAGAUGUCCCCCCAUCCCAGGUCAGAGUCCCCUGUCCCCAGCGACUCGAUGGAUGCGCCCAUGCCCCCGCCUGAGCUGGAGCCUGUGGGGUGUGAUGAGGAGACACAGCCCCUCGUGGACCCCAAGGAGACACCCCCAGACCCCCAAGAGGCACCCCCAGACCCCAAGGAGGCUCCCCCAGGCAAUGCUGAGUGUCCUCCUGGCGAGCUGGCCUCUGUGGAGGUGCCCCCCAGUGAAGAACCCCCCGAAGAACUUCCCUCAGAUGAGCUGCCCCUCGAUCAGCCGCCCCCCGACACGCAGCCCUCUGACAUUCAGCCUCCUGACGUGCAGCCCCCUGAGGAGCCCCUUCCUCUCCUGCUGCCCCCCGAGGAGCCCCCCUGUGAGGAGCUGCCCCUUGAGACCCCAUCCCUUGCUGAGCUGCCCCCUGACAGACCCUCCCUCGAGGAGUUGCCCCCCAGUGAACCCCCCCACAACGAGCUGCCCCUCGAUGUCCCUCUCCUUGCUGAGCUGCCCCCUGAGAAACCAGCGUUUGAAAAGUCGCCCCCCCAUGAGCUGCCCCCCCCUGAAGUACUGCCCGUUGACAAAUCACCCCCUGACGAGCUGCCCCCCAACGAGUCACCCCCCAAACCUCCUCCCCUUGAAGAGCCACCCCUCAGUGAGCCAUCCCUGGAUGAGCUGCCCCUCAACAAGCCACCCCCUGAGGAGCUGCCCCCCGAGGAGCUGCCCCCCAGUGAACCUCCCCCCAUCGAGCUGCUCCCCAAGGACCCCCUUCCUGAAGCGCUGCCCCCCGAGAAGCUGAGCCCUGAAGAGCCCCCCCUUGUUGAGUUGGCCCCUGAAGAGCCGGUCCCCAGCGAGCUGCCCCCCGAGGAGGACCUGAAACCACCAGGUCUCCUCCCCGAGGUGACAGUGGCAGAGGAAGCGCCAGCCCUGGCUCCAGAGGUGCUCCCUGAGGAGGAGAUGGAGCUGGAGCCAGAGCCCUCGCUGCCCCCUGAGAUGACACCCCCACCCUCAGCUCCCCCAGCUCUCCGUGCCAUCUCACCUGCACGGACCCCAGCGCCCUCCCCUGAUGCCAAGGAGGACGAGGUGCUCGAGCCCCCCACUCGCCGACGUGGAGAGCUCGCCCAGCAAGGAGGAGGAUGAGGACGAUGAUGACACCAUGCAGAACACAGUCGUCCUCUUCUCCAACACUGACAAGUUUGUGCUCAUGCAGGACAUGUGCGUGGUGUGUGGCAGCUUCGGGCGUGGGGCCGAGGGGCACCUGCUCGCCUGCUCCCAGUGCUCCCAGUGCUACCACCCCUACUGUGUCAACAGCAAGAUCACCAAGGUGAUGCUGCUGAAGGGCUGGCGCUGCGUGGAGUGCAUCGUGUGCGAGGUGUGCGGCAAAGCCUCGGACCCCUCGCGCCUGCUGCUCUGCGACGACUGCGACAUCAGCUACCACACCUACUGCCUGGACCCCCCGCUGCAGACCGUGCCCAAGGGCGGCUGGAAGUGCAAGUGGUGCGUGUGCUGUGUGCAGUGUGGGGCUGCAUCUCCUGGCUUCCACUGCGAGUGGCAGAACAACUACACCCACUGUGCACCCUGUGCCAGCCUGGUUGUGUGCCCCUUCUGCCGUGAGAAAUACGUGGAGGACGAUCUGCUCAUCCAGUGCCGGCACUGUGAUCGGUGGCUGCACGCCGCGUGUGACAGCCUCUUCACUGAGGAGGAGGUGGAGCAAGCUGCAGAUGAAGGUUUUGACUGCAGUGCCUGCCAGCCCUACGUGGUCAAACCCGGUGAGUUCAUGAGGUAUUGGGGAACUCCGGGGGAUCUGGGGGGCAUUUGA